UCACGGCCCUGGGCGGGCAUGACAGGCGUGGUCGCUGCCCGGGGCGCCCUCCGCACUUGGUCUCGGUCUUAACGUUCCGUCGCCUUCGCCGCCAUCGCGCAGCUUGGGCCUCCGAAGUUCGGCCCCCCUUCCUUAUGUGUCGGGGCCGGAGUCCUGAAAGCAAAGAUCCGCCCGCCGGUACCCCACCAUGUCCGAACUGACCAAAGAGCUGCUGGAGCUGGUGUGGGGCACCAAGGGCAGCCCGGGCCUCGCCGACACCAUCUUCUGCCGCUGGACGCAAGGUUUUGUGUUUAGUGAAUCAGAGGCAACUGCAUUAGAACAGUUUGAAGGUGGCCCCUGUGCUGUUAUUGCACCCGUUCAGGCAUUUCUUUUGAAGAAGCUUCUGUUUUCUUCUGAGAAGUCAUCAUGGCGGGAUUGCUCAGAGGAAGAGCAGAAGGAGCUCCUUUGUCAUACCUUAUGUGAUAUUUUAGAAAGUGCUUCUUGUGACAACUCUGGAUCAUACUGCUUCGUUUCAUGGUUAAGAGGAAGGACAGCUGAGGAAACCGCUAGUAUUUCUGGGACUCCUGCAGAGUCUAGUUGCCAAGUGGAACAUUCUUCUGCCUUGGCUGUCGAAGAGCUUGGCUUUGAGCGAUUUCAUGCAUUAAUUCAUAAAAGAUCAUUUAGAAGUUUAUCCGAAUUAAAAGAUGCUGUCUUGGAUCAGUAUUCAAUGUGGGGAAACAAAUUUGGAGUAUUGCUUUUUCUGUAUUCUGUGUUACUGACCAAGGGCAUUGAAAAUAUAAAAAAUGAAAUUGAAGAUACAAGUGAACCAUUGAUAGAUCCUGUAUAUGGGCAUGGCAGCCAAAGUUUGAUUAACCUCCUACUAACAGGACAUGCUGUUUCUAAUGUAUGGGAUGGUGAUAGAGAAUGCUCAGGAAUGCAACUUCUUGGUAUACAUGAACAAGCAGCUGUAGGGUUUUUAACAUUAAUGGAAGCUUUAAGAUACUGUAAGGUUGGUUCCUACUUGAAAUCUCCAAAAUUCCCUAUUUGGAUUGUUGGCAGUGAAACUCACCUCACCGUAUUUUUUGCUAAGGACAUGGCUUUAGUUGCCCCUGAAGCUCCUUCAGAACAAGCUAGGAGAAUUUUUCAAACUUAUGAUCCAGAAGAUAAUGGAUUCAUAUCUGAUUCACUUCUAGAAGAUGUGAUGAAGGCUUUGGACCUCGUUUCAGACCCUGAAUAUAUAAAUCUCAUGAAGAAUAAAUUAGAUCCAGAAGGAUUAGGAAUCAUAUUAUUGGGACCAUUUCUUCAAGAAUUUUUUCCUGAUCAGGGCUCCAGUGGUCCAGAAUCAUUUACUGUCUACCACUACAAUGGACUGAAGCAAUCAAAUUAUAAUGAAAAGGUAAUGUAUGUGGAAGGGACUGCAGUGGUCAUGGGGUUUGAAGAUACGAUGCUACAGACCGAUGACACCCCUAUCAAGCGCUGUCUCCAAACCAAAUGGCCAUGCAUUGAAUUACUCUGGACCACAGAUCGCUCGCCUUCCCUAAACUGAUUUGCCUACAUAUUUAUGAGGAAGACUGAUAACAGAUGACAACAGAGGGGUUCGUGACCGGCACAUGGCUAAGUUAAACUAAACACUGGUAUCAUUGAUUAACUGUAAAUAGCAAAACACAUUUUAGUGUUUAAAAUAUGUUUAAAUUAUUCGUUUUUAAAGCUUUAUGUUAAAGGUUAUCCUAUUUUAACCCUUUCUAUGAAGUUUAUUAGCAAAAUUAAGCUUUAAUCAGAAUUCAUUACUUGCAGACAGAUAAUUGGUCAUCUCUCAAAUUACGAGCCUAAUACAAUAGCAUAAAAGAAUUAAAUUCACUACUUAUAUAAUCUUCUGUUCUAGGUUUUCUUUCCUUUGGGCCCAUUCUGUUGUUAGCCUCCACAGUGAAAUGCUGGAAUUGAUUUUGUUACUUGUUUUCUAAAAUCUGUUUUUCCAUUAGAAAUACUGAUGAGUACCAAAUUACCAACCCUGGUCCUUGAACAGCUGACAGAACCCUGGCAUGUUUACAAACUAGGAACUUCCCGCUUACUCACAGGUGGAGAGGGGAUGUAUUUUUUAAAAUGAUAGAAAAAAAGAAUGUUUGAUAGUCUUAACACUGUUAACUUUGGCUGUAUUGCUAAGUACACUUUUCCCACUGUGUUCCAAUGGCCCCAUAAGCCAGCUCUCUUGUAUACCUGACUGCAUGAGAACAUCUGUUAUUACCUUAGUAUAUCGCAUUAUUUAUUAUGAUCCUAGCUACUAGCCUAAAUAAAGACUUUUUUUGUUUAGCUUUAA